UUGAAACUCAAGAUAGUCACGAAAGUAAAAAAUAUAAAUUAGAAUCUGAAGAAAAAAUAGUUAAUUUGAUAGAUAAUAUAGAAUCAACUAAAGAAACUCAAGUCAAUAUUAUUAAAGAUUCUAUUUCGAUUUCUGGCAAAU